GGACUCGGUUAUGGUAUAAAUCAAGGUACCACUCCCAAUAUUAUCAGUAGCUGCGUGCGAUCAACCCAUUUCUUUUACAUCAUUCUCGUUCCUAUAGUAUAGUAGGUAGCAGGAAGAUCAGAUUAGAAAAAUGGCUUCCAACAUAAAUGAAAUGGUGGCGAUCAAGACGGAUUUACUCAGAAAGUCCAUGGAGGGCGACUGGGAUGGAGUUAUUGAUAUCUAUCAGAAGCACCCAAGUGCUCACAAGGCAAAGCUCACAUGGAAUGAGGACACAGCAUUACACAUAGCUGUCUCCGAUAACAAACAAGAGAAAGUGGGGCGACUUAUGGACAUAAUUUCCUGUCAUCAUGGAGAAGGCAAAGAUCAGGCAGAUGAAUUUAAGAACAAGCGCGGUAAUACCCCUCUUCAUCUCGCUGCAUCAAUGGGGAGUGCGACCAUGUGUGAGAGCAUAGCCAGAUCAUCAUUUCCGCUUGGCUUAUCAUUUAUGACUGCUCGCAAUUGUAAGGGAGAGACUCCCCUUUUCUUGGCGGCACUCUCUUGUAAAAAAGAUGCUUUGGUUUCCCUUCACGCACUUUGUCAAGAUAUGAAUCUUAAUGGCUAUGACUUUUGCCGGAGGAUAGAUGACCAUGACGACACUAUUCUUCAUGUUGCCAUUUCUAUAGAAUGUUUCGAUAUGGCACUUGAAAUAAUUCAGUUGUACCCGAAACUAGUACACUCCAUCAAUAAGCAAGGACUCGCCCCUCUACAUGUACUAGCGGGCAAGCCUUCGGCCUUUAAAUCAUGUGCAACCAAAGCUAGCUAUUAUAAAAGAUCAAAAAAGAAAGGAGGGGAGACGGAGGAUUUAGAGAAUCCUCAAAUACGGAGUUCUCCACGCCAAGAUCAACACCGAGGAUGUCUACCAGAUAAACAGAAGCGCGAAUUGGCCUCUGAAGUCAUGAACGACCUUUUAGAACGUAUUUCAUCAUAUGAAUUAAAUGAAGAUGGUGAAACGGACCCCAACAUGAUCAUUGGGCCUAAGAUGGUGGGGGAUCAAAAGCAAAAAAGCCCAACCGAUGGGAGUACCAGUGGAUUGGGUAUUUCCUUAUCCUUCUUACUUAAUUCUUUUUCAUUUACGCAUAAAACUACUAAGGGGAUGUCGAUCUCAGACGCUUUUCUUAUCUACUAA